AAAAUCAAAACUCAACUCUCAAAAAACAAUGGACUCUUUUUUCUUCAAUUUCCAAGAUCAAGAAUAUCCAUUCUAUAACGAUUACACUAACACCCCGGAAUCGGAAUUCCAUUCCAAUGAUGGUGGUAUUCCCAAUUCCUGGGAAUACGAUUCCCUUUCCGGCCUCCCUUUCAACUUCAACGAUUCCCAAGAAAUGCUUCUCUACGGUGUUUUAGCACAAGUACAAGAAACCACCACCACCAACUCCAACUCCAACAACUCAAACUCCAGCUCUUCAGUCAUGAAGGAAGAAGAGGUCAGCUCCUCCGCGGCAAAAAUGGCGGCGGAGGAGAAGAGGGAGAAGCCCUACAGGGGAGUGAGACGGCGGCCGUGGGGGAAGUUCGCGGCGGAGAUAAGGGACUCCACCAGGAACGGUGUCAGGGUCUGGCUGGGCACCUUCGACAGCGCGGAGGCAGCCGCCUUGGCGUACGAUCAGGCGGCGUUCGCCAUGAGGGGUUGCGCGGCGGUGCUGAAUUUUCCGGUGGAGAGAGUGAGGGAGUCUCUGCGGGAAAUGAAGUGCGGGAUUGAAGAGGGGUGUUCGCCGGUGAUUGCUCUCAAGAUGAGGCAUUCCAUGAGGAAGAAGAAGAAAUCAGGGGCCAAAAAAAGUAUUACCAAGAGUUUAGGGGGUGGUAGUGAUAUUAACAACAAAAUGGAAAAUGUGGUGGUUUUUGAGGAUUUGGGAGUUGAAUAUUUGGAAGAACUAUUGAGUUGUUCAUCAUCUAUAACAUCACAAAGUUGGUGAAUUAUUAAUUAAUUAAUUAAUUAUUAUCCCUUAUUUUUCUUUAUUUCUUCUAUAUUUUUCUUGGUUAAAGGAAAAAAAAACAAGGAAUUUUCCUCGAGAUAAAUAGAUUGUUGGUACAAGAGUUUCGUGAUGCAAUAUGUAGAUAUAUUAAAGAAAUUCAAAUUCUGUUACAGAUGAAAAAAAUAUACCAAAAAGAGUAAGAACUUGAAGUUUGAUCCUUGAUGAAUUAAUAUGGUCCAACAAUAAUGGAUGGAUGGAGAUUUUGGUCAUAGUUAAAUUUCUCGAAUGGAAGUGACAUCCUAUCCAAAAAUCAUGUCUCAAUGUGGGGUUUUGGCUCAUCUUCAAAGAUGCAACAGUUUUAUUUUCUUUUUUUUCGUUAAAGUUGAAAACGACCGAAUACAGAAAAGUCGGCACCGAUUUGAUGUAUUAGAUGGUGUGAUUAUGUAUAGAUUUACGGUUCAAAUUCAUCCAAUGUAAAUAAUUAGAUAUAAAAUCUACUUUUCCUUGUAUUAGUGGUGUGAGCACCAUGUUUAUAAAGUUUACUAUUUUGGGAAAGUUUACCAUGUCUAUUUUGCAAUUUCAGUUGAGUAUAUUUUUGGCUAUAAUAAACAUGAGACUCUU